AUGGACUACCGCUCGCCGAUAGCUGAUGACGACCACCCGGCCGCUGUAUCCCCUUGGGGAUCCUCGCCGCCCGCCUCGCCGCGCCGCAACGAAUCCACCAUCCAUUCCUUAGGCAGUGGCCACCCCCCAUCGUCGCCGUACCAGUAUGCCACCCAAGACUCCAGCAACGGAUUCGCCCACGAAGACCAGGGUAUUAAUGCGUUCCGACGGCCCGGCACCGCCAGCAGCACUACUUCUACGCCCGCCUACGACCCUUCGCCCCAAUCGGAACCCUCGCAGCAGUCCAGCCACGGAAGCGAAGCAGAUCAACAGCACCACCACCACCAGCAAGGCUCGCCGCAACAACAUCCGCCGCACGGCAGACCUCCCGGCGAGGGGUCGGCGGCAGAACCGGAUCUACAACCGCGACGGCCUGCCGGCCCUAUAUUUAAAUUACAAGCCAAAAUCACGGGGCUGGAGCGAACUGCCCGCAAGGAUCCCAUAUUAAGAUUCGAUGUGCAUACGAAUAUACCCAACUUCCGAACUACGCAGUUCCGCGAUGUCCGCCGUUUACAUUCCGAAUUCGUCAAACUCGCCGAGCACCUCAUAUCCGCCAACCCCGAUGCCAUAGUCCCGGCGGUGCCGCCUUCGGUGACGUCCGCUGGUGCCGGGACCGACGAAGACGAGACGAGGGUCAAGGCGCUGAUGCAAAGAUGGUUCAACUACGUGUGCAGCAACGAGGUCCUCAUGCGGGACGAUGAGAUGGUCUUGUUUGUGGAGAGCGAUUUCGGGUACAGCCCGAUGGUGAAGAAGAAGCAGCCGGCGACGGGCGUGCGGAGGAAGCUGCUGAAGCAAUUCGCCCCGCCGCCCGACGAUACGCCCGAGCUAUCCGAGGCGCGGCCCAUAGUGAAGCUCUUCUACCUAGGCUCUAUGGACGCGGGGCAUAAAGUCGACCGGCUGGUCAAAUCCCGCAGAGGACUCGGGCUAGCCGAAUCCGACUUUGGCGUCAAGCUGGGCUCGAUGCACGUCCAGGAGCCGCACCAGGGGCUCGCGAACGCGUACCGGAAGCUCGGCAAGAUCGUGCAGACGGUGGGCGACUACCACGCGGCGCAGGCGACGGCCGAGGCGACGACGCUCAGCGACCCGUUCCAGUACCAUUCGCAGGACGCCUUCAUCGUCAAGGAGACGCUGACGAACCGGCAGCUGCUGAUCCGCGAGUUCCUGCAGGCGCAGGAGGGCACGCGCAGCAGGCGCAACGCCGCCGACCGGCUUAAGUCGGCCUCGAGCGUGCGGCCGGAAAAGGUCGACGAGGCGCUCGCCGCCCUGCAGGAGGCCGCCGCCGCCGAGACCGAGCUGAUGCAGAAGACGACCCGCGUGUCCCAGAACCUCGUCCAGGAGCGCCGCAGGUGGUUCGCCCGCACCGCCGCCGACCUGCGCCUCAGCAUCCGCGAGUUCGUCACGCGCGAGAUCGAGGCCGAGCGCCGCGCCCUCGCCCUGCUCGAGAGCGCCCGGCCCGACAUCCGCGCCAUCGACGCCUCGGGCGGCCUCAGCCGCCUCGGCCGCGAGGCCCACCCGACCGUGCGCCGCCCCAGCCUCGCCACCAGCCAGGGCCCCAAGGGCGACGCCUGGAGCGGCGUCCCGCGCCGCACCGACCGGAGCAGCAUGUCGGGGAGCUUCAUAUCGAGCGGCGGGGCUACGGCCGCUGCCACCACCCCCGACGACGACGACGGCGACAACGGCAGCCAGCGCCCCGGGUCCCGGCCGCUCAGUGGCAGCGGGUCAGCCGGGGGGCUCCCCGGCGUCGCCGAGGAGGACGACGAGGACCGCGUGGACGCCCGGAACGCUGCGAGCCGGCUGGCGACGAGCACGUUCUGAGGACGUUUGCCAGACGAGAGCGUCAGCCAACCAGCUGAUUAGGGGAAGCGCGGGGUCAUACAAAUAGCAAAGAAUAGGGGUUGAUUUUUUUUUCUCUUUCUCGCCGCGACGAGAACAAUAAAAAAUUUGCAGCUUGUUGUAUACCUAGCGUUAUCUAUACGUGGAGUGUCUGUGUUUCACGGGUCGAAUUCCAGUUCCCCUCUCUACCAAAGCGGGACCGUCCUUCGAGCAGAGGACCCGCCCUGGGAUGUAGGUCUAGAGUCGUUGUGCUCAACUCGGAAAAAAAAAAAAACUUGGUAACCGCAUCGGCCUGACGACAAGUAGGUGGUAAGCCCGCGGCGCCUGGCCGCAUUUUCUGUUGCAUACGCACUUGGCUCAGUCAUGCCGGUUUAAAGUCGAUUAGCAUCUUUGGUAUCUGUCACGAGUCCCAAUAACAGAUCACGGGGUUGAUCUAGGGGGAAAACGCUCGUCAGCUAAUCGGGAGGUAGGUAUGGAGGGCGCAAUAGCAGAGUAGCUCCCAUAUCUGAGAGGACGCUACUAUGCGGAUGCUGUAAGAAGGUGAGGCAGAGAUAAGUAGGUACCUAACCUGGUGGCUAGGGUGUUGUUGUUUCUACCUACCUACUUUCUAGAAGAGGCAAC